AUGCUCUCCUGGCAGUUCUCACGCGCGGUCACAGGCCAGGCCUCGCCGAGGCAGGGCCGCCCGCCCACCACCUGGCUUCGCCCCGUUUGCUGCUGCAGGUGCAACACCCAGGACUACAUCUGGCACAAGGGGACGCGCUGCGAGUCCAUCGUCACCGACUUCCAGGUGAUGUGCGUGGCCGUGGGCGCGGCCGCCCUGGUGCUGCUCCUGCUCUUCAUGGUGACCGUGUUCUUUGCCAAGAAGCUGUACCUGCUCAAGACGGAGAACACCAAGCUGCGCAGGACCCACAAAUUCCGGACGCCGUCUGAACUCCACAACGACAAUUUCUCCCUUUCCACCAUUGCCGAGGGCUCGCACCCAAACGACGACCCCAGCGCCCCCCACAAAAUCCAGGAGGUCCUCAAGUCCUGCCUGAAAGAGGAGGAGCCCUUCAACAUCCAGAACUCGCUGUCGCCCAAGCUCGAGGGCCGCGGGGACCCGGCGGAGCUGGAGGCGAACUGUCUUCAGAACAACUUGACCUGAGGGGCGAGGGGCGAGGCGAGGGGGCGGGGCGGGGGAGGGGCCAGGUCGCCCCUUUGUAGCUGUCGGUCCAGCUUUUCCUUUCUGUCUCAUGGCAUGCUUCGUGUGUGUUGCACGGGAGGGAGACACAGUCAGCCAGGAGCCGGGCAGCAUCGCGUCCCUGGGUGGUUGUCUGUGCGUCUGUCCGUCCAUCGCUUCUGCUGCUGUGGUUUCUAAGCCUCUGCUGUUAUUCAACUGACUUUUUCUUUUUGUACUUGGAUCCACCUUUUUUUGAAAUACCAGUAAAAACAACAAAAGUUCUUGAAAU